UAGUAUUAGGCAGUAAAAGUAGUGUAUUUAGUUUAGUUUAUAAAAAAAAAGAUUUUUUGUUCUAAGUAACUUCUAAAAAAGUUCCAAUAGAGAAAGCUAGUUCGAAUCUCACUCGAAGCGGUUAAUAUACGAUUAUUCCUUAAGUAAAGAAAAAUAUUUCGUUUUCAUUUAUUAUCAACGUAAAAUGGGGACCGGACAAGUGUGGCGACAAUACAUUAUUGGAGCUAUCGCGAACAUAGGCAUCGUGAUGACGGGGUACUCCAUGGGCUGGACGUCUCCCGUCACCGUCAAGCUGAAGAACGGGAACCUGACGGACUCGCCCCUCGCAGCACCUAUCACCGUGGACCAGGAGUCUUGGAUCGGCUCCAUCUUGAAUCUGGGGGCGAUACUUGGGCCAUUCAUCGCCGGCCCGCUAGCCGCCCGCCUCGGUCGGAAAUGGACGCUCAUUAUAUCCUCAACCCCUCUUUUUAUCGGCUACAUAUUGAUUGUGGCCGCUACCUCCGUGGGGCUCCUCUACGCUGGCCGUUUCAUGUGGGGCGUCGGGGCCGGCAUGCUGUUCACCGUGUCGCCCAUGUACUGUGCUGAGAUAGCCACGGUGAGCAGCCGCGGCGCGCUGGGCUCCUUCCUCCAAGUGUUCAUCACGAUGGGUUUCCUGCUGGUCUACGUCAUCGGUCCCUACAUAUCUUACAGCGCUAUUGCCUACGUGGCUAUAGUCAUCCUCGCUGUAUUCGAUAUUCUAAUGUUCUUCAUGCCUGAGACACCGAUUUAUCAUCUCACUAAGAAUGACCGAGAGUCCGCUGUCUCGUGUUUGAUGACGAUCCGUGGCCAGUCCCGCGAAGGUGUGGAGGCCGAAAUCGAUGUCAUGGCUACAGACAUCGCCGCUUCCAUGGCCAAAACCGCUACAAUUCGGGAUGUGUUCCGAGGCAGUAACUUCAAGGCGUGCUACAUCUCCUGCGCCCUGAUGUUCUUCCAACAGUUUUGUGGCAUCAACGCAGUGCUGUUCUACAUGACCAACAUAUUUGAAUCUUCUGGAGCUAAUCUGAAUUCUUCCGUUGCUACCAUCAUCGUCGGUAUUGUGCAGGCGGCUGGAUCCUGGACGACGCCGUUCGUCGUCGACCGCCUGGGGCGGCGGUUGCUGCUCAUGGUUUCCACCUGCGGCUCCGCCGUCACUUCGGCCCUCCUAGGUAUAUUCUUCCUCCUGGACCACCUGAACAGCCCAAUAGCAGCCUCCAUAGCCUUCCUCCCCCUCCUGUCCCUGGUGGUGUUCAUGGUGACCUACGGGGCUGGUCUCGGACCCCUGCCGUGGGCCGUCACGAGCGAGCUGUUCCCUAUAGAAGUGAAGGCUGCUGCUGCGCCCAUGACGACGGCUUUCUGCUGGUUUUUGUCCUUCUUGGUUACUAAGUAUUUCGGACCGGUGUCGCAAGCACUAGGAAUGUACGUGGCGUUCUUCUUCUUCUGUGCCUGCUGCGUGCUCGCCUUUUUUUUCACGGUUUUCUUCGUGCCGGAGACGAAGGGCAAGAGCUUGGCUGAAAUCAGGGAGAUGUUGGCUGGAUAAUACUUACUCCGUUGGCUGAGUGACCCAAAAGACUUGGCCUCCGCCUCCGACACAAGACAGCGCCACUUUUUUCGGUCCUGGGGGCCGAUUUUUGAAUUUCGAGCGCUCGAUUUCGUAUGGCUCCCUCUGUAUGAUAUUAAAUAAAUAUUGUACACCAUAGAUAUUGUAGACUGGGGAAAAUAACCAUGUAUUUAUUUCCCAAAACUUGCUCAUUCUUAGCAAGAGUCAGUUGGCUGAAUGCAAUUUUUCCUUGGUCUUUAAUUUAUAUGCAAAUUCAGAAUUUAAGAAGUUAACGUAGCGGGAAAUUGGGUUUUCAUCCGAUUAUGCCUAGGAGUAAAAUAUUUCUGUUAAAUCCCAUUUCCUACCGCUGUGCUUUUAAAUUUGUGUUUUCAAUUUACGAACAAUAAGCGACCAUAUCCUAGCAUGUUUGAGAAUUUUACGAUAAAAGUGCGGAACAUAGGAAAUUCACAAACUAAAACAAGAUA